UGGACGUGAGUAUGGUGUUUCUUCCUGUCUCGCAAUGUCUUGGAGGACACUUUGAAUCUGCCAGCCACAUGUUUGUCCACUUGAGCACCAGCAGAGACCCGCAAAGCCACAUAGUCAGCGGAUCCAAAGAUGAUGCAUAUGCGGGUCGACAGACCAUGUGGAUUGAAACUUUCUUGAGUCGUGCUGGCGGCGCCCUGUCCAGCAAGCCGCUGCGCCAGCGGCAAAUUCGACCAGAUGGGCGCCUGCCCAGCUGUCGUUGUCUUGCAUGCGACCAGCCGCACAGAUUUGUCGGAAUUUGCCAACACGAACUGACGAUCCUGGCUGAUCCCAAUCACGAACUCAACUCAAAUUAGCAGGAAUUUAGAAAUGAUGGAAUGCCAAAAAGCACAAAACCAUCGGCAUGUGCCAUUCUAUUUUCCCUCCCGCAUAGACCGUUAUCCUGGCCUGCCCUGAAGUCCCUGGCUUCACUGCCUUGUCCGGGUCUACCGAGGAGCAGGUCCGCCAGAGCUUGUGCAACCAGCUCUCAAGCUUACUCGCACGCUAAGGCAAGCCCGACGUUCUCGCCAAGCCGACGAUAGGGAGCCAGAGGUGGCUGGAGAGGGAGGGUGAGAGCACUAGCACGGCGCAGGGCCACGCAUUACAGCUCAGCAUGAGCAUGGCUGCGAUUAAGACGGGCCCUGAGGCCAACCCUGGCCCUAAUCAGGCGCCAACGAAGCAGCAGGAUCAAGAGCACCAGCAGGCUGAGGACCAGGACCAGGACCAGGACCCGGACAAGGACCAGGACAUGGACCCGCGACAGGGUUUGGAUGUUCCGACGCCCACUGCAAGCCCCUCCGCAGGCCGCCGGCUUAGUGCCGCCUCUGAUAUUUCCGUCUCCAACAUUUCCACAACAUCCUCCGGCAACGAGAAGUGGCUGUCUCCCUUGGACAGAUUAUCACUGCAGCCAGCCGAGAAUGCUGCCAUAAACAUCAGUGCAGGCCGGGCCUUGAAGAUCAUGGAUGACGACGGCGUCGACCUGAGCUCCCUCAAGGCGGGGGCCACCGGCCGCCCGGCACAAGGUCCGGAACAGAUACUCUAUGGCCAGCAGAAUGCUUCCACGACUCGCAUGCCCUUCCACGGCGACGAGUCCUUCCCCGGCACGCCACAGUUGUACACGCCCGAACCGUAUAAUGGCCAGUAUGCGGGCGCACAGCGAGACUCCCAGGCAGACCUGCUCCUCGACUCUCAGCGUAACCGGCAUUCGUCCCGCUCAGUGUCUUUUGGGCCGUCGACGACUUUCAUGUAUCCCGGCGGGGACAAACCGCCCCCAAGCCGCGGCAACAGCCUGCGACCCCGAUCAUGCAGGCCGAGAUGGCAGAACUCAUUCGGCAUGUACAUAUGUUUCAUCUUUGGGGUCCUCUGCGCCGUCGGCCACCACAUCUUCUACGCCUCGCUAGACGGCGAGCCCGCCAAGAGCCAGACCGAGAUGCUCCGAUACGGAACCUUCCUUGCCUUCGCAGCCAAGGCUGGCUUCAGCGCCGCUGCUAUUUCGGCCUUUAAGCAGCGCAUAUGGGUCACAGUCCGCUCGAGGUUCAUGAGUAUCUCCGCACUCGACUCCAUGUUCGCAGCGGCCGAGGACCUGACCGCCCUUUUCGACUGGGAGUUCAUCAGGGACGCAAGGGCUGCUUUCGCCCUGGUCUUAUUUGCGUGGACAACACCUCUGGUGGUUAUUCUGACUGCGAACACGCUGUUAGUAGAGCCACGAACGAUAGUUAACAACACGACGUGUCCCUCGGUACGCACCUUGAACUUCACUUUUGAGGACCUCAACGACUGGAGGAAACCCACACGGAUAGACGGUCUAUUUGAGAUACCGGUCUCGAUAUGGAAUACCACGAAAAGGAGUUCCCAGGAUGAUGCUGAUGAUGACUGGUUUGACUACUACACCGGACCAAGCCCCAACUUCCAGCAGACAGCGACCCUGGGCGCUUUCCUCCAAGAAGUGGUCGCCCGGAAGAAUGCAUCCUUCGAGGUGUGCACUUCGGGAUGGAACUGCACCUUCGAUGUCGAGUUCACCGCGCCCGGCUACGACUGCACCGAGGUGGCAAGCGGAGUAGGCUCCACGCCGGUCAACCUCACCCAGGAGACAGGCCAAGCUGAGCCGCCAUUCGGCACCGACAUUCUACUCCCCCAAGGCAAAUACAGCUAUUACGCGUAUGCCACUGGCGGCGAAUACUCGACUACUCAAUUGAAGAACGUCGGUGUGGCCGGGAUCCCGAACAUUCCAAACUCUGAGUUGCCACCACACUUCGGUGCUCUGAGGACAGAACCCAUCAUCUGGAUCGGAUACGUUGUGCUCAACACACCAGGAGACGUCCAGCCCAACCGAUCUGACCCGAAAUGGCAAGAUGCUUUCACGCCCAAGAUAUUCGCCUGUGAGCACCGCGAAACGAGCUACAUCGCCAACUUCAACUACACCGACGGGGCCCAGUCAGCCAGGAUGGCCAGCCGCAAAUUCGGGGCGCCCAUCAUCAACACCACCUUUAUUCCCAGUAUAGAGGCAAAUGAUGGAACUGAUGACAAUAUCACCGCGAUACCCGAAGAAAACUACAUCUACCCCACCGACACGGCCCGAUAUCGACGGGUCGCCGCGUACCAUUCAAUCGGAUACAUGCUGCGGAAGUUUGUGAAUGGCACGGUCGAGGUUGAAGAUACGCUCAUCAAUCCGAUUCAGAACACAGAGGCCAUCCAGACAAAAUUACUCGACCCACGCAACAACUAUUUCCCCUACCCAGAACUCAUGUCUAUGAUCCAGGGCCUCUACGAAGACCUCAUCCUGUCCAUUUUCAGCAACCCACAAUUCGUCGAGGUCGUGUGGGCCUCGCGGCCCUCUGAGCAGUCAGGGACUCUCUACAAGGGUGGGAUCAAGACAUCGUCCGGCGUGCAGACCGGCACUGGCGACGAAUCAGACUACAACUACAACUGCACGCGGACCCGCACCGGCAACGCAUACGCCUACCACAAGCGGGACCUGUGGAUAGUGUACAGCAUCGCAGUCGCGCUCACCCUCAUCUGUGUGGUGAUUGGUAGCCUGGCGGUCCGCGAGAACGGAGGCGUCACGAGGAACACGCACUUCUCGUCCGUCGUCGCGGCCACGAGAGGCCCUGCGCUCGAGAAGGUCGCAUGGAUGGGGCCGCUCCAGGACCGGGGCGAUGUCCCUAAGGACGUGAAGAAGCUCAAGCUCGGCUAUGGUAUCAUGAAUGAUGGCAAGGUCGGGGCCCUGAGCCCGGCGUCGCCGCCCCCGGAAGUCGGGCCCGACCCGAACCUCAUGGGCGUAGAGGACGGGGGCUAUGGCGAACGUGUUGCCCCUGAGGAGAGAACGAGUCCAGGAUACUUCCGGAGAAGGAGGGCCUACUCUACUGAGAUGAGGUGCGGGUUUGGCCUCAAAGGCGACGUGGAUCAGAGGCACCGGGAGGGAAGUUUGUUUCAUCGGUAGACGGAUUGGAAGGCAGGUCUAGAUGGUUCCAGGCGUACAGGAAGUCAUGGGAAUGCGUGUUCUGG